AGCCGCGGGGCUCGGGUGGGGGUGAUGUUGGGGAACUGGCUGGGCUGGUAGGAGCCUCUCGGAAAGUUUUCUCCUCCGUAGAAGAGGCGAGGAUUUUCAGGCUGCAAGAGAAUGGCAAGGGUCGUGCGUUAAAGCUUGUCAAAAGGGAGAGAGUCAGAGCGUUAUUACUCAGAGGAGAGAGCUGGCAGAUGUCCCGAGUGAGAGAACCUCUUCCUCCAGAGCCUGAAGGGCCAGCGCGUGCAGCUCUGGCUGAAAACAGCCUUUUGAUCUCACUUCCUCGAGAAAAAUCUGGAGACAGAAUGGCUGUAGGGGAGAGAGAGACAACAGAGCCUUCAGAUAACCAAAGCAUACAAGCAAAUGCACAACGCCAGUCAGUCUGGGGAAGUAAUGCUAGUAAUGACCUUGUCAGAAGCCAGCCUGAACGUUUGCCGCGGCCAAAUGCUUUGCCACUUGAAAAGCACAAGGAAGAAAUUGGCAGAACACAAAAUGGUCAUGCAGGUCUGAGUAAUGGAAGUGGAAUUCACAAUGGAGUCAAACUUGUAGCAAAAGAUAGUAGAAAAUUCUCAGCACCAGUUUCCCAAAAAAUGCACCAAAAAAUUCAGUCCAGCUUGUCUGUCAGCAGUGAAAGCAGCAAAAAAAGCUCUGCAUGUUCUCAUAAGCCAAGUUCUUCACCUGAAGAUUGCUGUGUUCAUUGUAUCUUGGCCUGCCUGUUCUGCGAAUUCAUCACUCUCUGCAGCCUUGUCCUGGGACAAGCAUCAUGUGGUAUCUGCCCGUCAGAGGCCUGCUGUUGCUGCUGUGGGGAGGAAAUGGGAGAUGACUGUAACUGUCCGUGUGACAUGGACUGUGGCAUAAUGGACGCUUGUUGUGAAUCAUCAGACUGUUUGGAAAUCUGCAUGGAAUGCUGUGGGAUUUGUUUCCCAUCAUGAGACACUUCAUGUAUUUAUGACAUAGUUUUUAAUAAAAUAUUGUUUAAAAACUGGAGAGGGUUGUUUUUUAAAGAAACCCAUAGGAAGGACACUGUUUGAAUCUUUCACAGCAACCUAGUUCUAUGCACUGUUAACUACUUUUUGAAGAAUUGUGGGAAAGCAUAAGCAUACCCAUAAGAACUAAUAGGGUAGUGAUCUCAUGUGUGAACUUACUUUUCUGUGCCUUGAUGUUGCCUAUGUAAAGGGCUCUGUCAUUUGGUCACACAAGUGAAAGUACCAUUUUUAGCUGCACCUGGAUAAAGUCAGGAAUGUCUGAGCCAUUUAAAAUUUCCUAAAAACGUGAAGAGCUGAUCACUUCUUUUAAAAAGAAAGGAUCUUAGAACAGAUAGAAACAGCAGUUGGAGUAAAGUGGAUUUUUUAAAAAUUCAGACUUUCACU